AUGGGGUUCGUGUUUUUAAUUUUAUUUGCGUGUGCAGUUGUUCAGGGUCUGGAGCGUGUGGACCCAUUGGUGAAGACCAAUCAGGGUCUUUUUAGAGGAGUGAAAGCUGAUGAUGGUGAUUACUCAAUGUUCCUUGGUAUACCGUAUGCAAUUGUCGAUGAAAAUAACCCUUUUGGGCCUUCAAUCCCAUUUAGUGAAUAUCAUGACAUCUACCACGCUAAUGACGAUUCGAGAGUAUGUCCUCAAGUUGACGAAUUCACAAACGAAAUAGUAGGAACAUUAGACUGUCUGCGUUUGAAUAUAUACGUGCCAAACAUAGCGGGGACUAGAAAUAAACUGCCCGUUGUUAUUUGGAUACACGGGGGGGGAUUCACGGGCGGCGAUGGUGGCAGAUAUGUUACUGGUCCCAAAUUCUUAGUGGAGCAUGAUGUAGUCAUUUUACAGAGUGGUACGGCAUUACUAACUCUAUUAGGAGAAUCGAUUCCAGAUGCGCCUAUUAAACUAAGUAAGGAAUUAGGUUAUGAAACCAAUGAUGUAAACGAAGCCUUAUUAUAUUUAUCCCAAAUGGAGACUAAGUCUAUUAUAAGCGCAACUUUAUCCUCACGAUUAUUCUUUAAAGUGUGCAUUGAAAAGAAAUUCGAUGAUGUCGAUGGUUUUGUAACUGAACAUCCAUUAUUGGUGGACUCGCCGAAGAUCAGGAAUACUCCAAUGCUAGCUGGAUUUAACAGCAAGGAACUGCUUAUGAUGUACGAACAUAUGAAACCUGAACAAUUCCAAGGUUACGGCAUGUUCAGAAACGCCCUGGCAGGUUACUUUACUUAUGACAACGAGUUUGUUGAGAUGGAAGAUCUGGUUAGACGUUUUUAUAUCGGAGAUGAAGAAAUGAGCGAAGCUUUGCGCUGGGACUUGAUGGAUUUCAACUCAGAUCUAACUUUCAACUUCCCGGUACAAUGGAGCAUUGACCAUUACCUCGAGAAAGGUUCAAAGAUAUACCAAUAUAUGUUCUCCUACAGCGGUCAAAGGAAUUUCCUUAAGAAGAGAAUGAAUAUUACGACAGAGGGAGCGGCGCACGCUGAUGAAUUAGCUUAUCUAUUUGAUAUAUCCUACGAAGACACUCCCACAGCCGAAGACCAGAGAAUGAUCGAUCAAAUGACAACUUUAUGGACAAAUUUCGCCAAAUACGGAGACCCGACACCGGUGACAAACGAUCUGUUACCAGUUGCAUGGCUUCCAGCAACGAAGGAAAUCAACAAUUACUUGGAUUUGAACAAGGAAUUGACGCUAAAGAGACUGCCGUAUAACAAAAGACUCAUUUUCUUGAAGUUAUUCUUCAAAACUAAUAUGCACAGACUUACUUUACUCACAAAACAAUAA